AUAGGUCUGACAAUAGAACCGAUCUCCUGUUCUUCACUUUUUGGAUUUCUGGUUCACACAUCUGUCUUUACUGACAAGAUGACUCACCAUUGCACCAAGUUCUCCGGCCACUGGAAGAUCAUUGUCUUCGAUGAGGAAUGCUUCCAGGGACGCCGCCAUGAGUUCACCUCUGAGUGCUGCAACGUGAUGGAGUUUGGCUUUGAGACCGUUCGCUCCCUCAAGGUGGAGAGUGGAGCCUGGGUGGGUUAUGAGCAUGCCUCCUAUCAGGGACAGCAGUUCGUCCUGGAGCGGGGAGAGUACCCCCAGUGUGAUGCUUUUGGAGGUAGCAAUGCCUAUCACAUUGAGAGACUGACCUCCUUCAGACCCAUUGCCUGUGCUAACCACAGAGAGUGUCGUAUGACUAUCUAUGAGCGUGAGAACUUCCUGGGCCGUAAGGGUGAGCUCAGCGACGAUUACCCCUCCCUCCAGGCCAUGGGUUGGUGCAACAAUGAAGUUGGCUCUCUAAGGAUCCAUUCUGGAGCAUUUGUGUGCUACCAGUAUCCUGGUUAUCGUGGAUACCAAUAUAUCAUGGAGUGCGAUCGUCACUGUGGGGAGUACAAACACUUCAGGGAGUUUGGCUCUCACUGCCAGACCCCUCAGAUCCAGUCCAUCCGCCGUAUUCAGCAGUAAUAACUUACACCAAACCCUUUCUAGCAUGUGACCCUUCACCUUUGACCCCUGCUGCUUGCCCGUGCUAAAUAAACUGUUUUUCUUAAACCUUACUGACUUCCACCAGUGUAUGUGCUUAUCAUAUGGACAUACUAAAUCACUUAUACAUCGCACACUUGUGUUUUCCUCUGAAUUGCGAUCACUUCUGUAUAAUUCACAUGACGGUGUACAGCGGUUACCUGCUAAUAAGGGUGAAUGUGAGGAAAAAAAUGCCAUUUAGAACCAAGUAUUUAGCUUAUUAUGUAACUGCUCAAUGUCAACCAGAUUAAUAAAUGUGAA